AUGAUUAUAAUGUUUCAGAUACAACACAUCAUUAUUAUUUAUCAUGUUUCCAUUUUUAGACAAGAUACAAUUAAUAAUACAGAUUCAGUUUUAAUUGAAAGUUGCUCUUAUUCAUUUAUUAAAUUAAAUGGAAAUUGUGGUAAUGUUACCGGUAAUAAUAAUGUAUCAGCUUUAACAAAUACAUCACAUUUUGUUGUAUUUUUAUUAAUAGUUAUAGGUGUACUCCCAAUAAUUUACUUUGUUGCUCAAAUUGCUUUCGCAAUUUAUCAUAAACAUCAUGAAAGUGAAUUAAGUGAAAAAUUAUUCCGUCAUUCAAAACUUUCAAUGUUAUUAGUUUUAAUUUCAAGUGUUGGUUGCUUUUGCUACAAUUUUAUCCGAUAUUACAAAUUUAAAUAA